UUGUAACUUUUAUUUAUUUAUAUAUAAGAAGGUAUAUUGGGUUUAUGAGAGUACAGGGUUACCUCUGUAACCCUUUCCACUACCGGCCGUAAGAUGGGUAUGGGGUAUAAAUUAAUUAAACUAAACUCCUGAGUAUGCCAUGAAAGGUGCAUCCCAGCCUAAGUGUGUUUACGUGUUGGCCGUUUUCUUUAAACACGAAUUUGGCUUAAUACUAAAUUAUACUUGUUGGCUGGUCUAUAAUCUGGUGGAGCACUUAAUAAUCCAUGAUGAAGGUAACUAGACCCAAGGACAGGUCAAAUCACAAUUUAUUUGCUUGAACGAGUUAAGAUGAAUAAUGCAGGAGUCCGACUCCAGCACCGGCCCCACGCCCAAUAUUCCACGCCUGCCCACCACCCGAAGACUCCAGCACCGGCCCCACGCCCAAUAUUCCACGCCUGCCCACCACCCGAAGACUUCAGCACCGGCCCCACGCCCAAUAUUCCACGCCUGCCCACCACCCGAAGACUCCAGCACCGGCCCCACGCCCAAUAUUCCACGCCUGCCCAUCACCCGAAGACUCCAGCACCGGCCCCACGCCCAAUAUUCCACGCCUGCCCACCACCCGAAGACUCCAGCACCGGACCCACGCCCAAUAUUCCACGCCUGCCCACCACCCGAAGACUCCAGCACCGGCCCCACGCCCAAUAUUCCACGCCUGCCCACCACCCGAAGACUCCAGCACCGGCCCCACGCCCAAUAUUCCACGCCUGCCCACCACCCGAAGACUCCAGCACCGGCCCCACGCCCAAUAUUCCACGCCUGUCCAUCACCCGAAGACUCCUGCACAACCUGCUGGCCGCAUUAACAAGUUGUUGUUGUUAUAGAUUAAGCUGCUCUGAACAAGUUCCAAGUAGCUCGGGCUAUGGUGAGCCCGUAACUUACCUGGCACAGGAGCGGGGCAAGUAGCUCGGGCUAUGGUGAGCC